GACAAAGAGUAAUGGUAUGUUCUUAAAUUCAACAAAGGUCUUAAAUACUUAUUGGAGGGAGAGAGACAGAGAAAGAGAGAUGAUUUGCUGGUGAUAUAGAGCAAAGAUAAAAGGACAGAUGGAGAUGGGCACUUGUUGGGCUCUUCUCCAACACAACUCCUAGCUUAAGCAUCCAAAAAAGAGGGGUGUUUAGGAAUAAAGUCUGUGGAGAUUCAAAACUCAAGGGAAGGAUGGAAGGGCAAAAAGGAACAACUGCAACAAGUGAAAAGACAAGAAAGUUUAAGAGGAUAUGUGUCUUCUGUGGGAGUAGAGCUGGAUACAAGUCUUCAUUUGGUGAUGCUGCUCUUGAACUUGGUAAAGAACUGGUUGAGAGAAAGAUUGAUUUGGUCUAUGGUGGGGGAAGUGUAGGGCUUAUGGGUUUGAUAUCACAAACUGUAUUUAAUGGAGGUUGCCAUGUUCUUGGAGUGAUGCCGAAGGCUCUCAGGCCUCAUGAGAUAUCAGGAGAAACCAUAGGAGAAAUGAUAACUGUUGCAGAUAUGCACCAAAGAAAGGCAGAAAUGGCAAGACAUGCAGAUGCUUUCGUUGCACUUCCUGGUGGUUAUGGAACCCUGGAAGAACUGUUAGAGAUAAUUGCCUGGUCUCAACUAGGAAUUCAUGACAAACCAGUGGGAUUGUUAAAUGUAGAAGGAUAUUACAACAGCUUGCUUUCCUUGUUUGAUAAGGGGGUUGAAGAAGGUUUUAUAAAAGAUACAGCAAGGCAUAUUGUGGUUAUAGCAGAAACAGCAGCAGAACUCCUCAAGAAAAUGGAGGAGUACACAGCAAUCCACGACAAGGUUGCACCCAGACAAAGUUGGGAAGUGGACCAAUUAUCAGAGUCUACCACCAGUAGGGGACCCCUAGGAUCAUAGAUCUUAAGAAGCCAUCUGUAUAUAUAAAUAUAAAGAAAGAUAGAUCCCAUAUCUCUUGAUUUUAAUCAGAAAGAAAAAGACAGCAAAAGAUAACCCAGUCUCUUUCUCUCUGUGGUGGUGUGGAAGUUUAAAGAUCCCAUAUCUUAAUCACUCUCAUUUGUAUAUUUAUGAUGACAAAUGUAUUUUUCUUGGUUCCUUCUAACUCAAUUGAAUUGCAAGAGAUUCUCUCUCUCAUUUGGGCAUUGACCAUGUCAAAAAAGCAUACAUUUGUGAAUUGUGACAUUAGACAAGGUGGCCGUGGUAGGGAAAAGGGAAAGAGAGGGAUAGAUGAUGGUGCUCUUUAUGGGUAUUAUUAUUGUUAUUAUUAAUUUCUAGAGUGAUGUGAAGAGAAUUGAAGAGGCAAAGAGGGCUUUGUCCACUUGCCUUUAUUUUGAUUAAUGUGGGGGCAACUUGUUUAUUAGAUCUUGAUGUAUGGACCGUGGAUUGAAGCUUCUGGAUUUUGGCUUGAUUAUUCACCUAUUCACUGUGGAUUGGGUCCCAUAUCACUAAUUGACACUUUUGUUGCUUAGUGCCCUUUUCAACUCUUAUUAUGUUAUCAAUAUUUAAUGCCACAAACUAUCAUUUGAUUGUUAA